CAUCUCUAUCGGUGCGGCGGAGAUUCCCGUUCACAUUCCGGCCGGCCCCAAAACACAAGAAUAACUUUACACAGUUUGCAAAAAAACUAUACAAACCCACACUAGAACAAAACAAAGGGGCCGAACUUAAAUUUUGAUAUAAAUAAAGCGGACGUUAAGUUGGCUACGCUGCACAUUUCGGAGCGCCGCACAAAUAUAGCGCGGGGAGACUUGUUGCUCGCGUAUCUUUGGCGUUUAUUCACCAGCUUCUGGUCGGAUCUCAACCGAUUCACCCUAGUCUGCUCCAGGCUUCGGCUUGGAGGUCUCAACCGCCACCAUUGAUCCCAGCAGCUGGAGCGGCAGCGAAAGCUCUGCCGAAGACAUCGAGAGGAUGAGCGACUCGGCAGACAAGCCCAUCGACAAUGAUGCUGAGGGGGUGUGGAGCCCUGACAUAGAGCAGAGCUUCCAGGAGGCGCUGGCCAUCUACCCGCCCUGUGGACGCCGCAAAAUUAUCCUCUCGGAUGAAGGAAAGAUGUAUGGUCGAAACGAGCUGAUUGCCCGAUACAUUAAACUCAGAACCGGGAAGACAAGGACACGGAAGCAGGUGUCUAGUCACAUACAGGUCUUAGCAAGAAAGAAAGUUCGAGAAAUCCAAGCUGCCAUCAAGGUGUCUAGUCACAUUCAGGUUCUUGCCAGAAGGAAAUCUCGUGAAUUACAUUCCAAGCUAAAGGUGACAAGCAUGGAUCAGAGCGUGAAGGACAAAGCUCUUCAGACUAUGGCCUCCAUGUCCUCUGCCCAGAUCGUCUCUGCCACCGCCAUCCACAACAAGCUGGGUCUUCCAGGCAUCCCGCGUCCUGCCUUCCCCGGAGCCGCAGGGUUUUGGCAGGGUAUGAUACCGACAGGCCAGCCUGGAUCCUCCCAAGACAUCAAGCCAUUUGCUCAGCAAGCGUACCCUAUCCAGCCAGCAGUCACAACUACAAUCUCAAGUUACGAGCCUCCGACAGCGCCGGCACCCACAGUUCCUGCCUGGCAAGGCCGAUCCAUUGGCACAUCUAAACUCAGACUGGUGGAGUUCUCUGCUUUUCUUGAGCACCAGAGAGAUCCCGAUUCUUAUAACAAGCAUCUUUUUGUGCACAUCGGCCAGACAAAUCACUCUUAUAAUGAUGCUCUGCUGGAGUCGGUGGACAUUCGUCAGAUUUACGACAAAUUCCCUGAGAAAAAAGGAGGGCUGAAGGAAUUGUUCGGCAAGGGUCCUCAGAAUUCAUUCUUUCUCAUAAAGUUCUGGGCGGACUUGAACUGCAACAUUCAAGAUGAGACCGGGGCUUUCUAUGGAGUGACCAGUCAGUAUGAGAGCCCAGAGAACAUGACCAUCACCUGCUCCACAAAAGUGUGCUCGUUCGGCAAACAGGUGGUGGAGAAAGUGGAGACGGAGUACGCUCGCUUCGAGAACGGCCGCUUUGUGUACCGAAUAAGUCGGUCUCCCAUGUGUGAAUACAUGAUCAACUUCAUCCACAAGCUCAAACACCUGCCAGAGAAGUACAUGAUGAACAGCGUCCUGGAGAACUUCACCAUCUUAUUGGUGGUAACAAACAGAGACACACAGGAGACCCUGCUGUGCAUGGCCUGUGUGUUCGAAGUGUCUAACAGCGAACACGGAGCCCAGCAUCACAUCUACAGACUAGUGAAGGAAUGAAGCAGCUCUUUCACACAGACUCUGGACCUCAGUACAGUGGCAGUGCCUCUAGCUCAACACUCACUCAAGAUGAUUUUACGUCACGUUUGGGUGAUGCUUCUAAUUAUAUAUAUAAAUAUAUAUAUUUUUUUCUUUA